CGUGUAAGGUUGAAGUUCUGAGGUUUUGCCGCCAUAGUUCCUACACGGCCACGCACGAACCGAGUUGAUGAGUGUCGCUCUUUCUUCUCAGUAUCGCUCUUUCUUCACCGCGCUUUCAGAAUAUACCCAUCAAAAGGACCUACGAAAAGGCAAGGCUCUCCACGCUCAGAUCAUCAAGACCGCUUCGUCCACUUGCGUAUACCUUGCUAACAGCCUCAUCAACUUCUACGCCAAAUGUGGGCACUUGGUUAAAGCCAGGCUUGUGUUUGAGAAAACAAGCGACAAAGACGUGGUCUCAUGGAACUGCCUCAUCAAUGGGUACUCUCAACAGGGCCCUACAGGGUCUUCCUUUGUCAUGGAACUCUUCCGACGUAUGAGGGCAGAGAAUACUGUUCCAGAAGCCCGCACUUUUUCCGGUGUUUUCACUGCCGCUUCAAGUACGUCGGAUAUUUUCGGUGGUCGGCAAGUUCAUGCGCUUGCUAUCAAAACUGCCAGUUUGUCUGAUGUUUUUGUUGGGAGCUCGCUUCUGAACUUGUAUUGCAAAGCGGGUCUUCUAUUCGAAGCUCGCAAGGUGUUUGAUAAAAUGCCGGAGAGGAAUUCGGUUUCUUGGGCUACAAUUAUUUCUGGGUAUGCAAUGCAACGAAUGACUGGAGAUGCUUUGGAGCUUUUUGAAUUGAUGCGUCAGGAAGAGGAGGUCGAGAAUGAGUUUGUUUUGAGUAGUGUUCUUAGUGCAUUGGCGAGUCCUGAAUUUGUCAAUAUCGGUCAGCAAAUUCACUGCCUUGCUUCUAGAGGUGGGUUGUUAUCAUUUGUUUCUGUUGAAAACGCUCUUGUUACAAUGUAUGCAAAAUGUGGGAGUUUAGAUGAUGCACUUAAAACGUUUGAAGAGUCUAGUGAUAAGAAUUCAAUCACGUGGUCAGCUAUGAUUACGGGUUUUGCCCAAAGUGGGGAUUCUCAUAAGGCUUUGAAUUUGUUUUCACAUAUGCAUCUCUCUGGGAUUAAGCCUAGUGAGUUUACUUUUGUUGGGGUCAUCAAUGCUUGUAGUGACAUUGGUACUGUUGUAGAAGGAAAGCAAAUGCAUGGCUUUUCCUUGAAGAUGGGAUAUGAAUCCCAAAUAUAUAUAAUGACAGCUUUGGUUGACAUGUAUGCCAAAUGUGGUAGCAUAGCUGAUGCUCGGAAGGGAUUUGAUUAUUUACAGGACCCUGAUAUUGUUCUGUGGACUUCUAUGAUUGGAGGAUAUGUACAAAAUGGCGAGAAUGAAGGUGCUUUGAAUUUGUACUGUAGGAUGCAGAUGGAGGGUAUUAUGCCCAAUGAGCUUACCAUGGCUAGCGUCCUAAAAGCAUGUUCUAACCUUGCUGCUUUGGAGCAAGGAAGGCAAAUUCAUGCCGGUAUUGUUAAGCAUGGAUUUAGUCUUGAAGUUCCAAUUGGAAGCGCUCUUUUGACCAUGUAUGCAAAGUGUGGGAGUUUGGAAGAUGGGGGUUUUGUGUUUUGGAGGAUGCCUAUGAGGGAUGUGGUGUCAUGGAAUGCAAUGAUAUCUGGCCUUUCACAAAAUGGGCGUGGUCAUGAAGCUUUAGAACUAUUUGAGGAGAUGCAACUGGAUGGCACAAAGCCAGAUUACGUGACAUUUUUGAAUAUUCUCUCUGCUUGUAGCCACAUGGGAUCAGUGGAGGGAGGUUGGGUUCAUUUCAAGAUGAUGUUUGAUAAAUUUGGCUUAGUUCCAAGAGUAGAGCACUAUGCUUGCAUGGUUGAUAUCUUGAGCCGUGCAGGAAAGCUCAAUGAGGCUAAAGAAUUUAUUGAAUCUGCAACUGUUGAUCAUGGUAUGUGUUUAUGGCGUAUCUUAUUAGCUGCUUGUAGGAACUAUCGCAAUUAUGAAUUGGGAGCCUAUGCUGGAGAAAAGCUAAUGGAGCUAGGCUCACAAGAAUCAUCCGCAUAUAUUUUGUUGUCAAGCAUCUAUAGUUCCUUGGGUAAGUGGGAAGAUGUGGAACGGGUUAGAAGGAUGAUGAAACUCCGAGGGGUGAAUAAGGACCCUGGGUGCAGCUGGAUCGACUUGCAGAGUAUUACUCAUGUGUUUGUUGCUGGAGAGCAGAUGCAUCCACAGAUAGGAGAAAUACGUGCAGAGCUACGGAUGUUGACCAAACAAAUGAAGGAUGAAGGUUAUGAACCCACUUCUGAAUUAACUUCUUGAACUUUUUGAGAUUACUAGGGAGUUUACUUCGGGUGUCCGCCGUUAUUCAUUACGUUCUUUGACCAAUAAUGGAUUUUUUUCUUUUUGCUAAAAAUCUAAUGAUUUUAACCAUAUUAUAUCUACUUUCUCAACGAGUAGCGAGAUAAAGAUGAUUUCUCAUUUUCUUUCGAUAGUAAUGCUAUGACUAUAAUUCUUUUAUAAUUUUUAUAAUCCUUAUAAAGAUUAUUGGAGUCACCUUGGCCACAAAAAAAUAAAUUUAACAUCCUUCA